ACCGCCUCUUCUUAUCGCUAGCGUGGCCGGAGUGGGCCGAGCUCUUUGUCCGCAAUCGAGUGGCCGCAGAGAACAAGUGUGGCCUAACGAAGACUGCUCCCUAUGCUGUCGCUAUAUAAGCGAGAAGCUGCGGCUCGCCCGACACCAGACGUCAGGGAAGCUGCCCAACUGCCUAACAUGGCCAAGAACCUGGGUCCAGUAUUGAUAUCAGCAUCCUGCGUAAUGCUGCUGCUACUGAGCGCACUGGUGCCCCAAGGAGAAGCAUCCCGCGCCUGCAACGCCUGCGGACCGGAGUGCGUUACUGCGUGCGGGACCGCCAUGUUCCGGGCCUGCUGCUUCAACUACAACCGCAAGCGGAGUGCCCCCUCGGCAGGCAGCUCCGGAUCCGACAUCCGGGACAUGGCGGCCUCCGGCGGCGGGUCUGCCAACCUCGAUUCGACCGACAGCGUCACCUUUGAGAGCCGCAGCGAAGCGGCAGAUGGCGCUGCUGGCAGCGGAAUUCGCCAGGACGCCUGGGCGCUCUUUUGGAUGCUGCCAGCGCGGCAGCGGCAAGCGGCGCUGUUUUAAGACAUCGAAAAACUGAAUAAACAGCGCUGGUCGAGAAUUUGGUCUUGAGACGCCUCAGUCACAAAGGCGAACCAUGCAGU